GUGGUGUCUGACCACUUUAGGACCAUCAGCCCCGCCGCACGAACCACCUGCAGACAUGAAGGCCGUGAUCGUGCUGUGCCUGAUGGCGCUGGCGGUGGCCCGGGGCGACAAGAACGCCGAGAUCCUGAGAAACGACUUCGAGCUCAAUGCCGAAGACGGUUCCUACCAGAGCGACAUGGAGUCCUCGAACGGAAUCCGGAUGCGCGCCAGCGGCAUCUCGUACCCGGGCAACGAGCCGGAGACGGGCUCUUACUUCGUCGAGGGCGAGUACCAGUACACCGACCUCGAGGGCAACACGGUGCUCGUCAAGUACACCGCCGACGAGAACGGUUACAAGCCUGAGUCGGACAUUCUGCCCUGAACCCGCUCCUCACGUUCCGUCCGUCCGGGCCGCGCUGGCUCGCGGGGCUUCCGGCUCGGACCGGCUCCUGAGCACGGCUCUCUCCGGCAGCUGUCUCAAGUCGCCGCUCGGACCGGCUCUGGGCACGGCUCGCUCCGGCAGCUGUCUCGAGUCACCGCUCCGACCGGCUCCGGGCACGGCUCGCUCCGGCAGCUGUCUCGAGUCGGUGCGCAUCCUACGGCCGCCCUCCAACAGACCGCCGACAGGAUGGCUGUCAAAUACACGCCUUCU